UUACCCUCACUUCAAAAAAGAAAGGAUAUGAUGCCCAGUUCACAUAAGGCUAUUACAGGCUGCAGAGAAAUAGAUAAUGGCGUGGCUUAAAGAGAUUGCCAAUAAGAACAAGAAAUCAAUGGCACCCAGGUCAGCAAGGGAUGUCUCAUGCAGGACAGCCACCCACUGGCAAGGCUGCGAGAUAAGGAGAACAGCUCUGUGUUUGUGUAUGUCAUCCACCAGCUAUUCAUGGUCAGCCAUCUCUCCUCACUACCCAACACAACAUCUCUAAACAACUCACUGGCCAAUUGCCAUAAGAGCAGCUCACGAAAGCCAGAGUCAAGGAAGACUUAAACGAGGGUGGAGAAGCAUGGAGAGCUCCUGGCUGUCCCUUUGUGACUCGAGCAGCUGUGGAGAGUGGAGGCAGACCUGGCUGCAGGGCUCGCCAAGCUGAGGGCACCUCAGUGAGGCCUGGUCUCCCCAGAGCCUCAUAUCGCCACCACAUGGGGCAGGGCGGCUCUUCCUUGCCCUCAUAGUCGCUUUUCUCAAGCUCCUCACACCUGAGCUUCUGCCUUCAUCCCUAAGGGAAACAAACUCCAGGAACAUCUUCAGCACCGCUGCCCAUGAAGAAGGUAACCUUCACCAUACUUCCUCAGUUGAAGUAUCACUGGUGACCUCCACCCUCAAUCCCCCUAGUCAAGACUUCCAGAAGUAGCAUGAGAAAGUGUAUGAACUGCAUUUACCAAAGCCCAGAAGUACUUGGUGUUUUCCUUCUGAGGAACAAGUUCCUGUGUUCAGAGAAGCUGUGCAUCACCAACUCUUGGUUCCAAAGAACAAGGAUGGCCUUGUCCUUCAAAAAGAGGUGGUAGUGUUUAACCAACUUUCCAGGACUCUUAUAAACUGCAACCAGUUGCUGAAGUUCAGAAGAGCCUCCUAGUAUCAGGGGAUCCUUGAUCCCCAGUCUGUGCAUUUUAGUCCAUCCAGGUCAGUAUUCAGUGAAGCGUGGGAAUGGUCACCAAAGAGGGAAGUGAAGGCUCUAGGCAGACUUGAAGGAGGGCAGAGAAGCAUGGAGAGCUCCUGACCAAAACAGGUAGCAACUGCUAGCCUGCAUGGGCACUGGGACGCAUUGCAGAAGAAGAUAUAAUGGAUUCUGGAAGCCGCACAGAGGGAGUGCCGCGGCCACGGUGGGCAGAUACAUCUGCAUACAGUGUGUGGCUGAGCCAGUAAGUAGGUGUGAAGGAGGAGAAUCACUGACUUCCCUGACCUGGCCUGUGUGUGGCAGGCCAUGAAAGGAAAGCAUUAUUGACCCUCGUGAGACCACAGAGGCAGCUGUGCAGGCCCCACCCACUUCCUAGGACCCUGGUUCUUGCUGCCUCCAGGACAAGCUCCAAGGACCCUGAGAGCAGCUGGCUAGGGGCCCGGCAGUUCUGACAGCUCAGGGCUACCUCCCAUGGUCCCCCAGAAGCCAACAGGACAUGAAGGUCUUAGGCCUCCUUUUGCCUCCCGUUCAUGUUUUCCCUGAAUGCUCCCUUCCCAACUAUGGUGGCUCCCAGGCCUUCAAGGAUCCAAUCUGAAAAGAUGCAGGCUGGUCGUACCUACUACACAACCCAGAGGCUGGGGGUGUGGGGUGAGUCGAGGACUGAUGUGUGUGCCCGUGUGCACUGCUCAGAAGUGAGGUUGCUGGACCUGGGGCAGGGUGCAAGGGCUCAGCUCUGUUUUGAGUCUCCUCCACGUAUAUGUAUAUAUGCAAAAGCCUUUCCAGGGAGGGGACGACUCUUGUCAGUGUGCCAAAGAGCAGAAGAACCUUUGAACCCAGCCCUGACCAGGUGCAGAGCCUUUCCCGUCUCACAGCAGGGGUUUGGCCAGGCGGAAGCAGCAAGACAGUUGGUGCUGGCCAGCCCUCAGAGUCCUCUUUUCCAAAAGCCCUUAUAUAAAAGAUGUUUCUGGUGUCUGGAGGCAGCAAAAAUCUUCUAGUUGGCAGGAAACCCCAAGGGCACCUAGGAGGCCCCUAUCCUGUGGAUUGGGGAGGGAAGAAAAGACCCCUGGAGGAUUGAGAGGUUGUGAUAGAUGGAGCCCUCAAAGACCUGAGUUCUGGUCCUUCCUGACCCUUUGGGCAAAUCCUCUUGAUCUGCCCAAAGGCCCUGUGGUCUGGCUUAGUUGUCGAAUUCUUUCUUGCCCUAGGCCCCAGGUGGGUGGCAGGCCCCUUCCUGCUGGCCCUCUACCAUUCUUCUCUCUGAAUCUGCCCAACCUCUGCCAGUCUGUGAGCCUCCCAGGAGCCUCAGCACCACUGGAUCCCUUGGAAGACCCUGGGCUCGGGGAGGAGCCACCAGCAGUGAGGAAUAUCAGAAUCUUCUAAGACCUACAUGGCUACCAGGAAGGGAUCAGGACAAGCACAAUUUCCAGGGCUCCCUAUGGAGUCCCAGGACAAGCAGCCCCCGCCAGAGCUCCCCCCAGGAGAGUCCUCACUUGAGGACUUGGAUCUCCAAGUGGUCCCUGGCACACACACGCUGUAUGUAGGCCACCUGAACCCCCAGUUCUCAGUGCCUGUGCUUGCCUGCCUGCUGGGAGAUACCCUGGAACGUCUGGAGCUGCCAGUGGCGCGGGAGCACAUCCAGGUGGUGAGGCACCCAAAGAACGCCUACGCACUGGUGCGAGUGGCCUCCCACAAGGCCGCCCUGACCUCCCUCCACUGGCGCCUGCGGAUGGCCUUGGAGGAGCAGUUGAUUCUCACAGAGCUCACAGCUCGUGGGAAGGAGCUGGUUUUGAGUGAGGGCUGGGGGCCAGCCCUGAACCGCAGAGAGCAGGAUGACAGUGGCCCAAGCUCAGGCCCCAGCCCUAGGCCCAGCCUAGGCUCCAGUGUCCCACUGCCAGCUCAGCCUACAAAUUCUUCACCUAAUCGGCCCUGGGCCCGGCAGCAGCAGAUUUCCCAAAGCCGGCCCAGGGGCGUGUGCUCAGACAGCGCCAUCGUGCACCAGGAGAUCCUGGGCCAGGAGCAGCUCUUCCAGGGAGCCUUCCUGGGCAGUGAGACAAGGAACAUGGAGUUCAAGCGGGGCAGCGGGGAGUACCUGAACCUGGCCUUCAAACACCACGUGCGGCGCUAUAUGUGCACCUUCCUCAACAGUGAGGGUGGCAGCUUGCUUGUGGGCAUCGAGGACAGUGGCCUGUUGCAGGGCAUCCGCUGUAGCCACCGUGAUGAGGAACGUGCACGACUACUGGUGGAUUCUAUCCUGCGGGGUUUCAAGCCUCAGGUCUUUCCUGACGCCUACACCCUCACCUUCAUCCCUGUCAUUAGCACCUCCACCACCAGCAUCCCCCUCAAGGUCCUUCGCCUGACCGUGCAUAUCCCCAAGGCCUAGAACGAGCCACAGCUGUAUGAGACUGACCAGGGAGAGGUGUUCCUGCGGUGCGAGGGGAGCAUCCAGGGCCCGCUGUCCGUCAGUGCGAUCCAAGAAUGGUACAGACAGAAGUGGACAGCAGAGCUGGGCAAGCUGGAGGAGAAGGUGAAGGUGCUGACACAGGAAAAGGAGCAGCUUCAGCAGCAGCUACAGCAGCACCAGCCUGUGUCCUGUACCUGCUGCAUCCUGUGAAGCCCUGCAGCAGGUGGCAGGCAGCACAGUGCCGCUCCACUGGGCAAAGUGGGCAGUUCCAGUGGACCAAGUCUAAGCGAUAAAACACACCUGGACCUCACAAAGGUGGGCAGGAGCUCCAGCGUCCUCUCCACCACACACAGCUGCCAUACGUGUGGCUUCACCCUGAGCAGACCCAGUCUGCAAGCUGAGAAUUGCUCUCAGCACAUCCCCAAAGCACCUUGCUUUCAGAAUGAACUUGGCCAGUUACCUUACAGCUGAGCUCUAAGGGACUGUCCUCCUUCCUAAAAUGCUCCUUUUGCCCAAGCACUAGUGUACUAGAUGGCCAGAAAGAAAUCUGUCACCUUGGGAAGACCUCUCGCCACCAGCAAAGCCUAUUUGGUAGUUGUGAUUAUGGGAUAAACAGGACACAAUGCAGCCCCACCCUGACUUGCUAGAACUUGUAAUUGUCAAAGCAUCCUAAUAAAGUACAUGCUCCUGAAAUACAUAUGGCUAUUUCUAGGACACGUGGCCAGCCAGCUAGAUGCUGCUGGGUCAUGAGUCCCUUGCUCAGGCCACCUCUACCCAGGAGGCAGAGCCCAGCAUAGGCUCCUGCCACACAGAGCUGGGGGGAACAGAAAGCAGUCAGUCUCUGGUUCAGCCAUCUUAAAAGACCAGGUCCCUUGGGAUAAGUCACCUGCCUCUACUUCAGUUAGCCUGUAUGACAGUGACACAGUGGGCAGGGGCAUUUUGUCACUGUCAGGCAGUACCCGCAUCUACGUGGGCUGUGGUAGAGCAGCAUCCGCCCGGGAAGGGUCUGACUCCAGUUCUAAGCCCGUCUGGCCUCCAGGAAGGAUUCUUGCUCUGGCCAUUGCCCUGCCAUCUCCACUCCACUAGCUGAGCAGACUAAAACCAGAGUCCCAUUCUGCCAUGUCUAUGUUCCCUCUUCAUCCAGAGCAAAGGUCCCUGUCACCUCAGCUCCUGCCAUUGUUCUUGUGACAGCCACACCAACUCAGGGCCUUUGCACUGGCUGCUGCCCUGACUGGACUCCUGUUCCCCAGGAUAGUUGCAUGACUCCCAUUUCCUCUGUACCUUCAAGUCUUUUUCUUUUUUUUUUUUUUUUUGUACCUGGGAUUGAA